AUGCCUAGAUUUAAUACCGGUGCCUUGUCGGUGUUCAAAAGAUCACUUGCCACUGUCACAGAAGCGCCACCAGCAAUUGCCAGUGAGACUGUGACUGCCGCUUCUACACGUAACAAUAAUUUGAAAUUCUCUGACAGCCUUGUCAGUCGAACAGAAGAAAGUCUUAAUUCUGAAGCUCCACAUUUCAGAGUUGGUAGCGACAAAAGAUAUUUCCCAAAAGCCAGAGUUAUUCUCUUGAGACCAAAUGCAAAACAUACCCCUUACCAAGCCAAAUUCAUUGUUCCUAAAUCAUUCAACAAAUUGGACCUUAGAGAUUACUUAUUCCACAUAUACGGGCUUAGAGCUCUUAAUAUCACUACCCAGCUUUUACCAGGAAGAUUCAUUAGAACAGGUACCACCCCAAGAUACAGAAGUGGUCAGAUCAAGAAGAUGACCAUCGAUAUGGAAGAGCCUUUUAUUUGGCCAGGUGAACAAACUAUGUCUGCUGCAUCGAAGAAUGCCUUGGAAACUACUAAUGAAGCGUACCAGUACACAUACGAAAUGAGUAGUAGUACUGGGUCUGAUAAAUUCAAGCCAUCCAAAGCCUUUGAAGGUCUUUAUAAAUUCGAAGGUGUGGACCACAGUGUCGAGAGUUUCAUACCAAAAUUCCUCGGAAAACGUUUGAAGAAUGAGAAGAAUAAGGCCAUUAAAGCAGACAGCAGGGCCACGGAUAAUAUUUUAAUGGAGCAAUUCUUGAAGGAAAAACAGAAAUAG